CAGACCUAAUAAGUCUCCAUCUCAUUUGUUACGAAUCUUACUCUCACUCUAUAUCUUUUCUCUCUCUUUGGUAGUGAAGAUGGAUAUGUACAAAGAUGAUAGCUCACCAUAUUGUUAUUUCCAUCCAAAGGAAAAAUAUGUUGGUGUUUGUCCCUUCUGUUUGAACGAGAGGCUUCUUGUUUUAGCUUCAAAGCAGAGAUCAUCGCGAACUAAACACUUGUCAUCUUCACCAAUCAUUGGUAGUCUCCCUAAGAUCUUCGCCUUGAGCUCUUUUCUCAGUCGCCUCGAUCUCCGUCUCCAUCGGAAAUUCCAUCCCUCCUCCGAUCUUGACGUUUCCACGAGCCAAGAAGAUUCUUUUAUAUCGAUAAAAUUCGGAAAUGAUGGAAAUGCAUCGUGGGAGAAAAAAACGGUGUCAAAGGUCUGUGUAGACAACAACACAAACUCAACAUGUAAGACGCAACAAUCCCCUAUAACGAGCAUUGUAGAGCACAACAGUGCCAAGUCAACGCUUAAGUGGCGCAAACGUAUUGGUCAUCUUUUCCACGUCAUUAAACUUAGAUCGGGAUCGUCCACGUCUUCUUGCCACGUGGCAUCAUCAUCAUCCAAGGUCGAAGGAACCAAAGUGAGGAAACAGGGCUGGAUGGUGAGGACCUUAACCAGAAGGAAGUCCAAGAAAAGUAAAAGUUGAUUAUUUUCUCGCUUCAUAUUAAAUUCUACACCUAAAACCAAAUACUUUUCUAUUAUUUUGAUUUUGGUUUAGUCGUUUUUUCAGUGAUUGAUGCGUCUGUUUAAAGAAGUACGUGGAAGUUUUUAGUUGUUGUUGUAAGUAAUGAUACUACAUGGAUUCGAAUUGAUUGAAACAUUCAUAUAGUAUGUUAUUGAAUUAA